CACGUGCAUCAUCAUCCCCCGGGGGAACCAACGCAGCGCUGACGGAAUCCGACGGUGACUUUAAUCGAAUCAUCCGGGAGAUUUUGCUAACCGAAUCCGCGCAUUCGGACCGUUGAUGUUGUGAAGUUGUGUGCGUUUUGGUGAAUCGGAAUGGGGCACACGGUUGUUGAGGACGGGAUGGGAGGCGAUGCUUUGGGUGGCUGAUUCAGAAGAAAAUCGUCUGUUCGUUUAGUGGUAGACGCGCCCGGGGGGAGGCUGGGCAGUGUUUAGCCUGAAUUCGAUUUUUGGUGCGUGCUUUUUGUCGUCCUCCCGUAUUCGUCUCGGUUAAGUCUGUAUGCUUCACAGAGGGAUGCGUGUGCUAGUCGAGAAGUAAAUUAUCAUAUCAGUAUAAUUAGUGAAUUAGUGUGAGUUGGAAAGAUUCGGCUUUCGGUGGAAGUUGAGCAACUUCAUUAUUGGCUCUGACGAAAGUGCAAAUCGGGGAAAAAUAAAGUGAAAACAAAACGCAAGGUGUGCUAUAGUUUGGAAACGGACCUUGCCCGUUGCUAUUGGCCCGUUGGAAAAAGGGUCUUUAUUUAUAUUAUCGCUAGUGAACGACGACGACGACAACAACAGCAGCAUCAACACAGUAGCAUAGAGUUGAGAAAAGGUGAACCCCUGGCAACGGAGCUAUUCGAGUGAAAUUUGGUGUAAAUAAGGAACGACGACGACGACGACCGACGGACGUGGCUUGAGCACAUAUCAUGGAAACGCUCUACACCGGACAUAUCCACGGUUUUCCACCGGCAGCCAACGUCUCGUACGGAUCCCUGAGCAUGACCUGGGGUUCCCAGGGUGGCCUGAUUGCGCUGGGGGUCGUCCUCGGGAGCUCCGUUAGCCUGGUGGGGCUGGCGUUUGCCUUCAUCACGUACAGCUUGUUUUCCGACCUGAAAUCGCUGGCAGGCACGGCUCUGCUCAGUCUGCUCGCGUCGCUCUUCAUGAGUCAGCUGCUGUUUGUGAUUGGCGUGGGAGGCGUUCAGGACACCGAGCUUUGCCUUUCGCUGUCGUUGGCCUUGCUGUUCAUGAAAUUGGCCUCCAUGUGCUGGCUGUGCUGCUGCUGUCAUCAUGCACUGGUGCUAUUUCGGUCCAGUAGCAACCUGAAUCCGAAUCCGGAGCCAAGCAUGGGUCGCGCGUUGGCACACUACAGCUUGCUGUCGUGGGGCUUUCCGCUGCUAAUGCUAGGCGUGGCCGCCGCCUUCAAGUACAAGGAGCGGGACGUGAAAAUCACCGGAGCACAAGUCAUCGCACAGAUCGUACACGACCUGAAUGGCGAUAGUCACUGCUGGCUCAUGGAGGGUUCGGCUUACAUCUGGGGCUUUCUGGUGCCGGCUGUAGUGCUGCUCUUUGCCGGGUUCUACCUUGCCUGCCAGGGUGGCGGUGCGGUCAAGAUUGCAGCCGCCCUGCAGGUCGAUAGCCGGGCCAAAAACAAACUGGUGAAGAAACGUGGCCUCCAAAUCGGGCUGUUCUUCAAGAUUCUAAUCGUCCUGUCGACGGUCGUCUUCCUGGGAGCGAUCGCAUCGAUUUGGAAUGUUGUUGAACUUUGGUCCAUCUACAGCAUCGCACAAGGCAUACAGGGCCUAGUGAUAGCAAUGCUGGUGUCGUGCAACUGCAAAAUCCUGAAACUGUACUCGGCCCCACGCAGCCAAAAGUCCCGCCGGGGAACGUACCGAAGCCUGAAGGAUGGCGAAGGUGGCCGCUACGGGGUCCUGUCGGUCACCAAUCCGAACUACGAGGACAUCCCUCCUCCACCUCCUCCGCCAUUGGUGCAACAACAACAACAACAACAAGCAGCAGCAUUCAAUGCCUUCGUCACCGUUCCGGAAGCGGAGGAAUCUUCGCCGGCACACAGCUACGUCAAGAUGGCCUACCGGGAGCGUCACUUUGUCGAGCGGACCGACGUGGUCGUUCCGUCGGCGCUGGACUGUGCCUUCAGCGGGGAACUUUCCACCUCGUUGGCGAUCGAGGAAAUCCCGCGCAGUCCGCUGCCGACUUCGGUGUGAGAUCUGCGCCGACGGGAGGGGUGGCUAAAUCUUCACAAAAUAUUGCUGGUAGCUUAAUGCGUGUGGAUGUGUAGAGACAAUAAAUGUGCGGAGGAGGGAACUAAACGGAGUGGAACGGAUAUUCUGGACGGAAACCUACUACUAUAUCAUACUGUAGCGAGCAUAUCUAGGUCAUAUCAGAGGAAAAUAUCAAAUUUAUUGUAUAUCAAAGAUGUGUGUAUUUUAGACAACGCAAAAGCUAUAUGCAAGCUUGGGGCAAGUUUUAACGAUGUUGUACAUAGGGUUUGGCCUGAGAUAGUGGGAUUUUCUGAGAUUAUAGGAUGCAUUGAUACAGUGCGGUCCGUUUGUUGAGUAUACAUAGGAUUGGCAGUACAAUGUUGUACCACACAUUUAGAGUGUAAUAAAGGAAAACCUGAUGAUUACGAA